UUCUCUCUCUCUCCCCCCCCCCCUGCGCUUUGCCUCUUCGCCUUUCCCCUUGUGUCAGCGGCCCUCCCUUGGGAUCUCGCCCCUCAUCGUCCCCGCCUCCGCCUCCUCCGUCACCAUGAGCGCUCCCGCUGCCACGGCCGCCCUUCAGUCCUUUAAGAUCACUCUCCGCCGGAGUGUCAUCGGUACCCCCAAGGGCACUCGCGAUACCAUCCGCGCCCUCGGCCUGCGCCACACCAACCACACCGUCCUGCGCACGGCCACUCCCUCCAUCUCCGGUAUGAUCAUGAAGUGCAAGGAGAUGCUCGAGGUCGAGGUCGUGCCCCACACCAACACCGAGCAGUACAACCAGUACCGCGCCAACCGCACCGAAUUCAACCACAAGCGCCGCCUCGGCCUCGACGUGGACUCGGCCCUCGGCCACCUGAACCAGCCAAUGAGCGUCAACCGCCGGCGUGCCCUCAAGGGCCUGGGUCCUCGGCCCCAUCACGAGCCCAAGGCUCCCUUUGUCCACAAGGAGUUCCAGUCCCACAUGUACCUCCGCGACCCGGAGGACGUCAAGAAUGCCAGCACCUACUCGGUGGCCGACCUCUUCGAGCAAGAUGCCGGUGACUCCAUGGCCCUUACCACCACCUCUUCCCGCUAAGUGGCGAUCUCUCUCUCCCCCCCCCCCUCCC